AUGCCCCAUCCCAAACAGAUCAAAAGAAAACUAUCAGAAACAUCAAACGCCGAACCGCCAAGAUAUGCAGAUAUCGUAUCUCCUUCUUGGAAUUCUGGCUCGCAACAAGAGCCAAGAGAUGAGGAUCUAGUGUCUGCUGCUGAGGCGUUGACUCGUCUCACGAACUCUGCAACUCCGCCACCCUCAUUUCAUGAAACGCAUUGUACUUUAGCCCUGCAAACAGCUUCACCUUCUUCCUCGACCCCAGUUACAGAGGCUGGCACACAAAUACAUCCGAUUGUGAAGAGAGUGAACACGAUUUCGAAGCUUCCCUUGGUCACGAACGCUGUGAAGUAUUAUGAAACAUCCAAGAAAAACUAUGCCACAUUCAACUACGCUGCUGGAAUUGUAGAAAAGGCCGCCAUGCCGGUUUUUAGUAAGAUCGAGGUCAAUUUAAACAACAAACACCAGGCGAAGCUUGAAGAGCGAGCACGCAUCAAGAAAAAGAGAAGGAUCAACAAAAAACACGAGAAGCAUGAAAUAAAGAAGCGCAUCAAGUUCUGUUUGCACAUCUUAAAACUUGCCAAUGAGAAUAUCAGUUCCAAGGUUGUUGACCUCCAAGAGAAAAUGAAAGAGACGGAGGCACUGAAGACCGUCAAAAGCGAGUCUCCCACUCCUGUCUGCCAGCUCACAAAUGAGUCACAAACACCUGGCCUUUCUCCUGAAGAACUCACUCCAAUUUCUACAAACAGCCCGGAGAAAGCUCUAGAGACGAACAAUGAGAUUGUUGCCACUGUCAAGAAAAUAGUGCAUGUAAUCUCCAACUUUAGACCGAGUUCCUUGAAUGUUGGCGAUGACACGAACGGCGGCCCGAAUGAUGACGUUAAAUUGAAAAAAACCAUUCGUGAGAUCAUUUUGAGUCUACCUAAGCAAGUAUCACAGACUGUUCCUGGUGCUCAGAAAGCUCCUCAUCAAGCUAUCUCCUUCGCCAGAGAAUCGCUAGACAUGAUCGGGCGCCUCACUACUGUAUUCAAUGAGCAAUUGGAAAAGGCCGAGCACUGGGUUGAUAGAUCUACAGAUGACAUGUCGAUUGAUUCACUUGUCAGCGAAAGUCCUGCGCCAAGUGAACUGACUAAGAUUGAUCGACCUGGCGUUGUGAGGUUGAAGUCUGAGGAGAGCUUUCAUUCUCUUUAUUCUCAAAAUGACUCAGCAUAA